GAAAGAGUAUUCUAUCUCAAUCGACGAUCAAGUCGUUUUAGCUUUUGUUUGUUGAUGUCUUAUAUUAUAUUUAUAUAUAUUAUAACAUUUAAUCGUUGCUAAUUUUCAGCAGGCCGUUUACAUGAUUCGAACGCGUUAAGUACAAUGUUUAUAAUGUGAAAUCAGGUACUGGUGACUUUAUUUCGGGAGAGGCUAUAAAAACGGGAAUGUAAACCCUGUUUGUUGGCAGUCGCGUCUCGAAAUGAAAUGGUGCACGUGUGUGACUUUAAUUUGGAUUUUUUGGACGGGCUCUGUGGAGUCUGAAUCCCCUCCCGAUCCUCUGAUCGUCGAGAUUCCAAACGGAAAAAUCCUUGGUCUGGAUAAUGGACUUUACUACAGCUACGAAUCGGUGCCGUAUGCUGAGCCCCCGAUUGGCGAUCUCCGGUUUGAGUCUCCCAAACCGUAUGAAGGCCAUUGGAAGGACAUUUUUAACGCCACCCGACCACCUGUAGCGUGCCUGCAGUGGAAUCAGUUCAUCGAUGACACCAACAAGCUGGCUGGCCAGGAGGACUGCCUGACGGUGAGCAUCUACAGGCCAAAGAGCACAAAAAGGAGCAGUCUUCCAGUGCUGGUUCUUCUCCAUGGAGGGGCCUUUAUGUUCGGCAGAGCUUCGCUGAAUGGACACGAGUACCUUAUGCGGCAGGGAACUCUGAUAGUGGUCAAAAUUAGCUAUCGUGUUGGACCUCUGGGUUUUGUGAGCACUGGGGAUAAAGACUUACCCGGCAACUUUGGCCUGAAGGACCAACGUUUGGCCCUGGAGUGGAUCAAGAAAAACAUAGCCCACUUCGGUGGCAAACCGGAGAACAUUGUGCUCAUUGGUCACUCGGCGGGAGGAGCCUCUGUUCACCUGCAAACUCUGCGCCAUGAUUUUGGUCAGUUGGCGAAGGCAGCGGUUUCCGUCAGCGGCAAUGCCCUGGACCCAUGGGUCGUUCAGAGCGGAGCUCGAAGACGAGCCUUUGAACUGGGUCGCCUCUUGGGCUGCGGACAAUUGCAUGACUCGGUGGCCCUCAAGAAAUGCCUCAAAUCUAAGCCUGCCGGUGAAAUAGUCUCCGCCGUGAAAAGUUUCCUGAUAUUUUCCUACGUCCCAUUCACACCAUUUGGUCCUGUAGUGGAACCUGCGGAUGCUCCAGGUGCCUUCCUCACCCAACAUCCCAGUGAAGUCAUUAGGAGUGGAAAAUUUGCCCAAAUCCCUUGGCUUGCCUCAUACACAACUGAAGAUGGUGGAUACAAUGCAGCUUCUUUGCUGGAACAAUCCAACAAAACUGGGGAAAAUUUAAUUGAAAAACUAAAUGAUCGCUGGUUCGACUGGGCGCCGUACUUGCUAUUCUACCGGGACUCCUUCGAAACCAUUAAAGACCUGGAUAAUUAUUCCACAGACAUAAGACAGGCCUAUCUUGGAGAUCGACGUUUUGGCUUAGAAAGUUAUUGGGACUUGCAGCGGAUGUUCACGGAUGUGCUCUUCAAAAACAGUGUGCCAAAGGCUCUGGAUCUUCAUCGCCAGUACGGAAAAAGUCCUGUUUACUCGUUCGUGUAUGACAACCCAUCCGUCAGCGGAGUGGGACAGGUCCUUUCCAAGCGCAGUGAUGUCAAUUUUGGUACUGUCCAUGGAGAUGACUUCUUUCUCAUUUUUGAUGUGGGAUCCUUCAGAGCAGCUAUUCGCCCAGAUGAGGAAAUUAUUUCCCGAAACUUUAUUAGGAUGCUGGAAGAUUUUUCCUUAAGUGAUAAUGGAACUCUGACCUUCGGCAGCUGCGUUUUUGAAGACAAUGUGGGGAGAGAGCAUCUACAACAUUUAAGAAUCACACGAAAUGGCUGCAAAAAUGAGAAAUUCUCUCUUUAA